AUGGUCCUGGCCCAACUGCAAUCGUCGGACACUGCUGUCCGCCGCGCUGGGGAGGAGUUACUGAACAAAUCUCCACUGCAGCAGUUGUUGCCGGCGCUUGCUGCUGCUGCUUCUGCGUCAGAGGAGGAGACGUCGAGCAGACAGCUUGCGGCCGUCUUAGUCCGGCGGUAUGCACACAGCAAAUUGAAAGACAUGAAGGAUGAUCCGGAGCAGAAACAGAAGCUCAUAGAACUUGUCAUGCGGGACCUCGUAGCCGCGUUCUCAUCGGGGGGUCCCUUCGCCGUGCGGAAAGCAGCAGCUGAGGCAGUCGGAGAGCUGUGGGAGCAUUUACCGUCUACAGCAACCAUCAGCCAGACAGCCCCUUUUGGGUUCAUCGUGAACUGGCUUGACGGCCAGCAGGCACAGGGGCCUUCAGCAGAAGAAGAGUGCCUUUUGUGGCUACUGGUCGACAGACUGUCAGACGUGGCGGAGCCUGAGGUGUAUGUGCAGCGCACUCCCCAACUCGUCCAAAAGUUGAACCUCACAUUUCAGCAGCUAGAUGUGCAGAAAUCGGCAGCUGCUGAGGAGGCCCUGGAGUCUUUGUUUGUUCGUACGGCCCGCUGGAAGGCGGAAGGGGCAGAAGCUGAGGAGGCAAAGAAGAUGGCGACAGCGGCCUACUGUUCGUUGUGCCCAGUAGUCCUGCAGAUGAUCGCCCGACAGCCCUGUCCGGAGCUGCUGGCUCCGCUCGUCUCUCUAGCCGAGAGAGGUCCGCAGUUCUUCCGCAACCAGCACGGAGCGCUCUUAGGCGCCAUUAGGACUAUUCUUGCCAACUCUUCCAGUGUACAGACAGAGGAAACGCGCCGGAUGGCUCUGCAGUUAGCCGCCGCUGCCUUCCUUGGAGCACCGAAGUUCUCAAAAAAGCACAUGCCGCUCGUAGACGACCUGUUGAUGCUGUUAGCAGACGCAGCUGCAGCCUCCCCCAGUGACUGGGAGGACUUGACCACCUGGGAAGCGCAGGCGCGAGAGGAGGAGACAGGGGAAGACACGCUGCACAGUGUGGCGCUGCAGCUGAUGGCAGACAUCGCUUCCAUGGUUUGUAGCAGUUGCUCGUUGCAGGAUCCAGGCGCCGAAGGGGGCUCUGCGGAAGCGGGAGCUUCUUCGACAGGCCUGCACGUCCUGGGGAAACUCAUGAACAUUUUUUCGCUGUUAGUUGAACAAGAGGAUCCCCGCUACUCCUACACCGCUCUCGAGUUGCUUGCCCUUUUGCUGGACGAUGGAACCUGCAGACCUCUCUUAGGACCCUACGUAGAAAAACUGACUAUGACCUGCAUAGCGGCAGUGAAAGCCGCAGACGCCCGUUUGCGUUGGCAAGGCUUACGGUGCUUGGGUUCGAUGGUGGGGAACGAAGAAAAGUGGACUCGGCAGGUGCAGCAGCAGCACGGCGACCAGCUGCUGUCCCUUCUCUCUGAAAAGAGCGCAGAGGAUCCUGCUGUACGCUGCCGGAGACAGGCGCUUUUGGCUCUCGCCUCCUUCUUAUCGGGGCUAGCACCCGAAGAUGGGGAGGAGCCUUCUCCAGAGACCCUCGCUUUCGCCUGCGGCUCUGCUUUCAUCCCGCACUAUGCGCCGUUCGUCGUGGCGCUGCGGAACCUUCUGGGAGGAGAUGAUCCUGCAGGGAAGCAAAAGGUGCAGCAGCUGCUGGAAGAUCAUUCCGGGCGAUGUCUGCUGCAGGCGGCAGUCGAGUUUGCUGCUGACCUUGGAACAGCGGUGGGCAAGGAUGUCUUAAAGCCGGAUGCCCCGUGGCUAGUGGACCGCCUCCACAGCCUCCUCCUGGCCUGCGAAUCCGUCCCCGCUGCCUCAGCAGUCUUCAGCUCUAUUAUGAUAUGCCUAGCUGUGGCUGCACCGGCAUGCGGCCCAGAGCUGCUGCAGCAGAUGCAGCCUGUGAUGGAUAUUGUCCUCCGGAAGGCUCAAUUGGGCAUCCAGAUGGGAGUUGCCCAUGAAGUUACGGCGGCUGCAGGGUCGUUGAAUGCGGGCGCGGAGCUGUCCCAGGAGGGAGGUGUGUCGCAGUUCCGCGUUCAAGACAAAUCAGGAAAACAGACCAUCAUCUCAAUCAAUACAGCCGCCGUGGAAGAACGGCUAGCUGCGCUGAACUUGCUUGGGGCACUUGCAUCAGCUGUAGGGCCGGCGGCGCCGAUUGCAUGGGGGAAAGAAUGGACUUCUGCUGCGCUUGAAAGUUGCUCCUCUGAGUUUUCGAUCGUCCGCACUGCAGCAUAUGAGGCGCUUCCGGGUUGCCUAACGGCUCUUGCGUCCGCUCCAGAGCAGCAAGGGAAAGCGACGACAGCCGCCUUGGAGCUCGUUGCUUCCUUCUUGUCGAGCAGCGAGGGCCAACUUCCUCCUUCGACGGCAUCUGCUGCAGCAGAACACAUGCUGCCCGCUGUUGCCCAGAUCGUAGCCGACCAGGCGAAACGACAAAGGGAAGGUGUGCUUCCAGAGGAAUGUAAGGUGCCUUCGGCACAGAGGGCGGCUCUGCUUGAGAAGCUCUUCGUCGGCAUGGGGAAGCUCAUCCUUCCGGUGUUGACUCGCGAGUUCGAGCGUCUAGCUACGAAGGAGCAGCAAGACGAUGAAUGGGAAGUAAGCAUUUUGGACUUCUCCACCCAUUCAGCAUGCAAUGAUAGCAAACCAAACUCGAAAGACUCCGCUCCAUGUAGCACGGACUGUCGCCCUUUUCAGGAUCUAAGUGACGAUGAUCAAGAGGAAGACACCAGCUCCUUCUAUGACGCCGUCAUGCAAUGUUCUGGCAACUUCUUCAAGGUGUACGGGUCGGAUUGUUUGCCGCAUUUUGAUGCGCAUUUGCGUCUGCCAUAUGGGGCAUUGUUAGCACAUGACCAGUCAAGCUACUAUGGAAAGGUUGCAGCUCUGUGCCUUUACGCUGAUGCAAUCAACUACGGAGAUCCGGCGGCCACGUUAGAGUACAGCAAGGUGCUAGUUCCCGCUGCGCUGCUGGCUGUGAGCCCCCAAGCAGAAUGGUCCAUUGAUGAAGAGCAUAUGCUAGCUAUUUCAGCAUCGACGUACGGACUGGGCGUUGUGGCCCAACGGCACCCUGAACUGUUUGCUUCACAGCUGCAGGGCGCGCUGGAGGCCCUUGAACGGUGCAUUGGGAGUCCCUUGCUGCGGUGCCAGAGCGGCAGGGCGGCAGCUGACGGAACUGCUUGCGCACUGCUGAAGGUUUAUGCAGGCUUUUGCAUGAAUUUGGGGAUUGAAGCGACUGCUGCAAAAGUUGCUACACUGCUAGAGACAUGGUUUCCUCUCGUGGAGGAUGAGCAAGAAAUCUACGACGCCCAUGAGUUGCUACUACAAAUGGCCAUUCAGGACCAUCCCCUAAGCUCUAAUACAGCAGUGCGUCAACAACUGCGGCGCCUGGUAGAUAUUAUUUCGCGGAAACCCGAGUUGAUAGGGGAACGGGCAAGGCGAGAGAUGUUGCAAGCCGCGAAGGACAGGCUCUGCUGA